UGCCAAGGGGCCAAUGGGAGACUAGCACGUGAAUGGCAAUGCCGCGAUAGGCCAAUCCUUAAGGAUACGUGAACAGCAAGGUAUUCUAUAAGAGUCAAACGUUCUCUUUCUGCCUCUCUCAAUAUCUCUCUUCCUCUAGAACUGCGCUCGCCGGGAAGAUUUCAAUCUCUCCCGAUACCGACUUCUUCGCUCCAAAACAGUGAUCAAUGCUUAACGCGUUGACGGACGCAAUUCAAUAUCCAGAAUUAAACUGACUUUGCAUACCCAAUUCUCAAAACUUCAACCUUGCCGUUUACAUAUCUCAUCUCUGCCAUAAUUUGUUGGACGGAGGCCCUGUUUCAUGGCGACCGCAAUAGCUACAGCCGGAGAUACUUGCAGCACCAGGACUAACAAUCAACUCCAAUCAAAGACUCCAAGACCAAAGCGAAUAUGCUUUUCCUUCGCCGCAUAUGGGAAGACUCUCAUAGAGCAUCUCAAGUCGUCCAAUAUAGCGGUGGAAGAAGGUCUGUCCGACUCUGAGAUUUCAGACAUCGAGUCGUCCCUCAACUUCUGUUUUCCACCGGACCUCCGUUCCAUACUCCAGCUAGGUAUGCCGGUAUCCGAGGGCUUCCCCAACUGGCGUUCCUCCUCUGCCCAGCAACUCCAGCUCCUGCUGAACCUCCCCGUAUUUUCUCUGUUGCGACGGGUCUCGAAGAACAACUUCUGGCACUCGUCUUGGGGGACUCGGCCUCGAGUCAGGGGCAGGGCUCUGGAUUAUGCGCGCCGAUUCUUGAAGGACGUGCCCGCGCUGGUCCCAAUUUACCGGCAUUGCUACAUACCAUCGUCUCCGAAUUUAGCGGGAAACCCUGUGUUCUACGUGGAUCACGAGGGAGACGUUCGGCUGCUGAGCAACGACGUGUCGGGGUUCUUCGGAGAGGCGGCGUUUUUGACUGAGAAUUGGGAAUGGGUCGAGCCGGUGUGGGCGGCAAAGAGGGCGAGGCGGGUGGAGUUUUGGUCUGAGGCGGCGGAAACGCUAGGGGAGUGGUGGCGCAGCGGGGCGACGGGCGAGGUGGGGGAUUGUCUGGAAGACGCGUGUUGCCGACUGAGGGAGGGAGGGUGGAGGGACGAGGAGAUACUGGAGAUGAUGAAGGGUGGGGAUGAGGAGUGGGAGAAGGGUGGGGCCCCCCAAGACCGAGAGGCCGUGGCUGUGCACGUGCGAUUAUGGUCGCAGAGGUUGCUGCGUGCGGGAUGGAGCAGGGAAGAUGUGGUGUACACUCUGGGUGCGUCGUCGUCGUGGGGAUAGGAAAAUUCAAAAUCGAUAGUUGAUAGUGUGAAUGUUCGGCCCUUUUUUUCCCCACCUACUGCAUUCUCAUCUCUUCCUCUCAUUAGUGAUGGUGGUGUUGUUAAUACUCUGUUGUAUAGAAGGGAAGGACUAAGAAUUAAAUUAGAGGGCGAGGGGGCGGUGAAAUUUUCUAUAGUAAACAAAAUUUUGGUGAUGUACAUGUCAUAUACAUCUAACAUCUCCCAUUGGUAUGAAGUUUUUAUUUUGGAGAAUCUCAUUAAAGACCCCAGAAGGAACUUGUUAUGGCAUGACAGAUCAAAGGUCUAGAAAGAUUCUUAG